AUGGACUAUUCAAUCGACAACAACGUAUCCUCAUCCGCAUUAAGAAAGAGGAAGAUCCUCAAGAAAUCCAUCAACUUCUCCGUUAUGAUUGUUGGUGAAAGUGGAUCAGGCAGAUCAACAUUAAUUAAUACGUUAUGUGGUGGUAAUUCGAUUGUCCCUACUUCGUCAACGAUAAAUGAAGAUCCAUUCACCAGAAAAUUGACUUUGAGACACGAGAAUGUUGAGUUGGAGGAUAAUGAUGGACACAAGAUUAGUCUCAAUAUUAUUGAUACUCCCAAUUUUGCUAAUCAAAUUAAUUGUGGUGAGGAUUUUCGAAUUAUUGUUGAUUUCAUUCGUCAUCAGUUUGAUGAAGUGUUAUUAGAAGAGUCUAGAGUUAAGCGUAACCCGAGGUUUAAGGAUGGAAGAAUUCACAUUUUGAUUUAUCUUGUUAACCCCACUGGACAUGGUUUAUCAGAAAUUGAUGUCAAAUUUUUAAAACAUGUCAACAACUUGGUUAAUAUAAUACCAGUUAUUGCUAAAGCUGAUUCAUUAACCAGAGAUGAAUUGCAAUUAAACAAGAGAUUGAUUUUAGAGGAUCUAAACAAUUAUGAGAUCAAUUACUAUCGAUUCAAUGAAUAUGAAUAUGAACAAGAUUAUAUCGAUGAUGAAAUUAUUGAAUACAACAAGUAUUUAAACUCAUUAUUACCAUUUGCUAUUAUUGGAGCUAACGAAUAUAAAAAGAAUCUUGAUCAUUCAUUAUCAAGUAAAAAGAAUGGAGAAACAGGAGCAAGUCAUGACGAAGAGGAAGAUGAUGCCGAGGAUAUUAUAAAGUUACGGGUUUUAAAUAAAGAUUUAAAGCCAAUCAAUAUUGAUAAUCCUGACAUCAAUGAUUUUACAAUCUUGAAAAACGUAUUGUUGAUUACUCAUUUAAAUGAGUUUAAAGAUAUCACCCAUGACCAAAUUUAUGAAAACUACAGAACUGAAGCUUUAUCAGGUAAGCAAUUCCACUACAUGAAUAACAACAAUUCCGAGGACGGUGGAAGUUAUAAUACAUACAACAGUAGUAAUAACAAUAUAGCCGAAAGUCAGUAUGGCAAUGGCACUAAUGGUCAUGACACUAAUGGAAGUGGAAUACAUAAUUCUCAUCAUCAUCAUAACUCCCAUGGAUCUCAUUUCGAUAAAUCAAUCAAUAGCAAUGGGAAUGGAACCGACAUUGGUGCUACUGGUGGCGGAGGAGGAUCUGAUUACUUGUUGAAAGAAGAGCAAAUCAAAUUGGAAGAGGAACGAUUAAAGAAAUUUGAAGAACGUGUUCAUCAAGAUUUGAUUACAAAGAGACAAGAGCUAUUAGAUCGAGAAAAUGAAUUGAAAGAAAUUGAAAAAAGAUUGCUUGCUGAAGGGUUGAAAUUGAAUGAACAUGGUGAGGUUGUCAAGGUUGAGGACUAG